AUGACGAAGCUUAAGAGAAGGAGGUCUACAGAAGUGCCUCCCAAAAUUAAGUCCUUCAUCAAUAGUGUUACUACUACUCCGCUUGAGAACAUAGAAGAACCCCUAAAAGGUUUUGUUUGGGAGUUCGAUAAGGGAGAUUUUCAUCAUUGGGUUGAUCUUUUUAAUCAUUUCGAUUCAUAUUUUGAGAAACAUAUAAAGUCAAGAAAAGACUUGCAGGUUGAGGACAACUUUUUGGAAUCUGAUCCUCCCUUUCCAAGAGAAGCUGUUCUUCAAAUUCUUCGUGUUAUCAGAAUAAUUUUAGAGAACUGCACAAAUAAGCACUUUUAUAGUUCUUAUGAGCAGCAUCUUUCUAACCUUCUUGCUUCAACUGAUGCGGACGUGCUAGAGGCUUGCCUGCAGACUCUGGCAGCUUUUUUGAAGAAGACUCUCGGAAGAUAUUCCAUUAGAGAUACGUCUUUGAAUACAAAGUUGUUUUCUCUUGCACAAGGCUGGGGUGGAAAGGAUGAGGGUCUGGGAUUGAUUGCAUCUACUGCACAAAAUGGGUGCGACCCUGUUGCUUACGAGUUAGGCUGCACCCUUCAUUUUGAGUUCUAUGCAUUGGACCAGUCUUCAAGUCAGUUCAAUGCCACCGAACAGUCAACUCAUGGUUUACAAAUUAUUCAUCUACCUAAUGUCGAUGCUUGCCCAGAGACAGAUUUAGAGCUUUUGAAUAAGUUAGUUGUAGAGUAUAAAGUACCUCCCAGCUUAAGAUUUUCUUUAUUGACGAGAUUGCGGUUUGCUAAGGCUUUUGGCUCAUUGGCUUCUCGACAGCAGUACACAUGCAUUCGUUUGUAUGCUUUCAUUGUUCUCGUUCAAGCAAGCAGUGAUGCUGAUGAUCUAGUUUCUUUCUUCAACUCUGAGCCUGAGUUCGUCAAUGAAUUAGUUUCACUUUUGAGCCAUGAAGAUGAAGUCCCUGAGAAAAUCCGAAUUCUUUGUCUGUCAUCAUUGGUCGCUCUUUCUCAAGAUCGGCCUCGCCAAUCAACUGUCUUGGCUGCUGUCACAUCUGGUGGUCACCGUGGCAUCCUGUCCAGCCUCAUGCAGAAAGCCAUUGAUUCUGUUAUCAGUGAUACAUCAAAGUGGUCUGUUGUUUUUGCUGAGGCUCUCCUAUCUCUUGUUACUGUUCUCGUCUCAUCAUCAUCAGGUUGCUCAGCCAUGCGGGAGGCAGGGUUUAUUCCUACUCUUCUACCCCUCCUCAAGGAUACAGACCCUCAGCAUUUGCAUUUGGUAGCCACAGCUGUCCAUAUUCUAGAGGCAUUCAUGGAUUACAGCAAUCCUGCUGCUGCAUUAUUCAGAGAGUUGGGUGGUUUGGAUGAUACUAUCUCUCGACUGAAGGUAGAAGUGUCUCAUGUAGAAAAUUGUUCAAAGCAACAAGGUGAAGAUUCUGAUUCAAGGGCAGGGAAUUUGGUAGUAGCUGCAAGUGCUUCCUCAGAGCUAGAUAGUAUGCUCCCGCUGUAUUCGGAAGCAUUAGUUGCAUAUCAUCGACGUUUACUGAUGAAAGCUUUACUACGGGCUAUAUCCCUUGGAACAUAUGCUUCUGGGAACACUUCUCGUAUUUAUGGAUCUGAGGAGAGUUUGUUGCCCCAAUGCCUAUGCAUAAUCUUUAGAAGAGCAAAAGAUUUUGGUGGUGGGGUGUUUUCACUUGCAGCAACUGUCAUGAGUGAUCUAAUCCACAAAGAUCCUACCUGUUUUCCCAUAUUAGAUGCAGCUGGUCUUCCUUCUGCAUUUUUGGAUGCUAUAAUGGAUGGUGUUCUAUGCUCUUCAGAAGCCAUAAUGUGCAUACCUCAGUGUUUGGACGCCCUGUGCCUGAAUAAUAAUGGUCUUCAGGCUGUAAGAGAUCGAAAUGCUCUAAGGUGCUUUGUGAAAAUAUUUACAUCUAAAACAUAUUUGCGUGCCCUUUUUGGUGAGGCACCAGGGUCUCUGUCUAGUGGACUGGAUGAACUCAUGCGUCAUGCUUCCUCAUUACGAGGACCUGGAGUGGAUAUGGUGAUUGAGAUCUUAAAUGCCAUUUCCAAAAUUGGGUCUGGGGUUGAUGCUACUUGCUCGCCUGCUGAUCCAUCCUGCUCUGCUCCUGUUCCAAUGGAAACCGAUGCUGAAGAAAGGAGCCUGCUUCAGUCAGACGAUAGGGAAUCUUUCAGGAUGGAGACCUUGGAGCAGACCACUGAGCAGUCAUCUGAUGCCUCGGUGGCAAAUGUUGAGUCCCUGUUUCCUGAAUGUUUAAGCAAUGUUGCUCGUCUUCUUGAAACAAUUCUUCAGAAUUCUGACACAUGUCGUAUAUUUGUUGAGAAGAAGGGAAUUGAUGCUGUUUUGCAGUUAUUUACUUUGCCUUUAAUGCCACUUUCAACACCAAUUGGUCAGAUCAUAUCUGUUGCGUUUAAGAAUUUCUCACCGCAGCAUUCUGCUUCCUUGGCUAGGGCAGUAUGUGCGUUCCUGAAAGAACAUCUGAAGUCAACAAAUGAACUAUUAGUUUCAGUUGGAGGGACUCAUCUUGCUGUGGUUGAAUCUGCUAAGCAAUCUAAGGUCCUGAGAUAUCUUUCCAGCCUUGAAGGUAUACUUUCUCUCUCCAAUUUUUUGUUGAAGGGGAAUAGUACUGUUGUCUCAGAAUUGGGCACUGCGGAUGCUGAUGUGUUAAAGGAUCUUGGGAAGGUGUACCGGGAAAUAAUUUGGCAAGUUUCUCUGUAUAAUGACUCCAAAGUGGAUGAAAAGAGAAAUGCAGAACCGGAGACUGAGAGUGCAGAUGCGUCUUCAUCAAAUGCUGUUGGAAGAGAGAGUGAUGAUGAUGCAAAUGUUCCAGUUGUGAGAUACAUGAACCCAGUUUCUGUUAGGAAUGGUUCUCAGUCCCUUUGGAGUGGUGAACGUGAAUUUCUCUCAGUCAUUCGUUCAGGUGAAGGUUUGCACCGUCGUAGUCGACAUGGCUUGGCACGCAUACGCGGUGGGAGGACUGGUCGGCACCUGGAUGCUUUAAGUGUUGACUCUGAGAUCCCAUCAGAUGAACCUGAGACAUCUUUGCCAAAGUUGAAAAGGAGAACUCCUGAUGAGGUUCUGAACAAGCUGGCUUCCAUAUUACGUUCUUUCUUCUCUGCCCUUGUGAAGGGAUUUACGUCACCAAACCGUCGAAGGGCUGAUGUAGGAUCGUCGAGUGCAGCUUCAAAGACCCUGGGAACCACCUUGGCUAAAAUAUUUCUUGAGGCUCUCAGUUUCUCUGGGUAUUCUACAACUGGACUUGAUACAUCACUGUCAGUUAAGUGCCGAUAUCUUGGAAAGGUAGUUGAUGACAUGGCAGCACUCAUAUUUGACAGCAGGAGGCGCACUUGUUAUGCAGCAAUGGUCAAUAAUCUUUAUGUACAUGGAACCUUUAGGGAGCUUCUCACUACAUUUGAAGCUACAAGUCAACUUUUAUGGACGCUCCCUUACCCUUUUCCCACACCCUCAGUUGACCAUGAGAAGGCAGGUGAAGGAAAUAAUUUGUCUCACAGUACAUGGCUACUUGACACUUUACACAGCUACUGCCGCGUGCUCGAGUAUUUCGUAAACUCCUCUUUACUUUUAUCUUCAACCUCUGCAUCCCAAGCUCAGCUACUUGUUCAGCCUGUUGCAGUUGGUUUGUCAAUUGGGCUAUUUCCUGUUCCUAAGGACCCUGAAGUCUUUGUUCGCAUGCUGCAGUCUCAGGUCCUGGAUGUCAUAUUACCUGUCUGGAACCACCCGAUGUUUCCAAGUUGCAGUACUAGUUUCAUUGCUUCUAUUAUAUCACUUGUUACACACAUAUACUCUGGUGUUGGAGAUGUCAAAAGGAAUCGCAGUGGUGUUACAGGAACUACGAACCAAAGGUUCAUGCCCCCACCGCCUGAUGAAAAUACAAUUGCAACAAUUGUUGAGAUGGGCUUUACAAGGGCAAGAGCUGAAGAGGCAUUGAGACGGGUGGAAACAAAUAGUGUUGAAAUGGCAAUGGAGUGGCUGUUCAGUCAUGCUGAGGAUCCUGUGCAGGAGGAUGAUGAGUUGGCUCGGGCACUUGCGCUGUCACUAGGAAGUUCAUCAGAAGGAUCGAAAGUUGACAAUGUGGAUAAGCCAAUAGAUGCCCUGACAGAAGGUGGACAAAUGAAGGUGCCUCCUGCCGAAGAUAUUCUUGCUGCAUCUGUGAAGUUGUUUCAGAGUAGUGAUAAGAUGGCAUUCUCAUUGACAGAUUUGCUUUUGACCCUUUGCAAUCGGAACAAAGGAGAGGACCGUCUAAAGGUGGCAUCUUAUCUUAUUGAGCAGCUAAAGCUUUGCCCGUUGGAUUUUUCCAAGGAUUCCAGUGCAUUGUGUAUGAUAUCACAUAUUUUAGCAUUGCUUCUUUUUGAGGAUGGAACUGUUCGAGAAAUUGCUGCACAGAAUGGUAUUGUUGCCGCUGCAACAGAUGUUUUGAUGAAUUUCAAGGCUAGAAAUGCAUCAGGGAGUGAAAUUCUUGUACCAAAAUGCAUAAGUGCUUUACUGCUCAUCUUGGAUAACAUGUUGCAAUCCAGGCCCAGAAUCUCUUCUGAAUCUGUGGGAGGAACCCAGACUGCAUCUCCACCUGAUGCAUCAGUUCUGGCAUCAGGUAUGGAUGAAAAAGUGGCUUCAGACUUUCCUGAGAAAGAAUCUGGUGCAGCACUUGAGAAAAUAUUGGGGAAGUCAACUGGUUACCUGACUAUUGAAGAGAGUCAUAAAGUACUACUUGUUGCUUGUGACUUGAUGAAACAGCACGUCCCUGCUGUGAUCAUGCAGGCUAUUAUGCAGUUGUGUGCUCGCUUGACAAAAACUCACGUUUUAGCCUUGCAAUUUCUUGAAAACGGAGGGUUAGCUGCUCUCUUUAGUCUUCGAAGAAGUUGCUUCUUCCCUGGAUAUGACACUGUUGCAGCUGCCAUAAUUCGGCACCUCCUUGAAGAUCCUCAAACUCUGCAAACUGCUAUGGAAUUGGAGAUACGGCAAACUUUGAGCGGAAAUCGCCAUGCUGGGCGUAUCUCCCCAAGGACAUUUUUGACAUCUAUGGCACCUGUUAUCUCCAGAGAUCCUGUGGUUUUUAUGAAAGCUGCUGCUGCAGUUUGUCAGUUGGAGUUAUCAGGAGGGAGGACUUUUGUGGUGUUAUCAAAGGAAAAAGAGAAGGAAAAGGACAAAUCAAAAGCUUCAGGUGCUGAAGAAUCUGUCCGGAUUUCUGAAAAUAAGAUGCAUGAUGGUUCAGGUAAAUGUGCCAAAAGCCAUAAAAAGAUUCCAGCCAAUCUUACUCAAGUAAUUGAUCAGCUUCUUGAUAUAGUUCUGAAAUACCCUUUGCCAAGAAGCCGGGAAGGUUGUGUUGGUGACUUAAAUUCUAUGGAUGUGGAUGAACCUGCUACCAAGUUAAAGGGAAAAUCCAAGGUUGACGAGGCAAAGAAAAUGGAGUCUGAAUCUGAAAGAUCUGCUGGACUGGCUAAGGUGACUUUUGUUCUCAAGUUGUUGAGCGAUAUUCUGCUUAUGUAUGUGCAUGCAGUCGGAGUCAUACUGAGACGAGACUUGGAAUUGUGUCAUCAGCGGGCAUCUAUUCAAACAGAUAGUUCUGGGCAUGGUGGGAUAAUUCAUCAUGUCUUACAUCAGCUGCUUCCAAUAUCUACAGAUAAAUCGGCAGGACCUAAUGAAUGGAGAGACAAAUUGUCUGAAAAAGCUUCUUGGUUCCUUGUGGUUUUGUGUGGUCGAUCUGGUGAAGGGCGGAGGCGAGUAAUUAAUGAACUUGUGAAAGCUUUGUCUUCAUUUUCAAACUUGGAGAGCAAUUCACAUAAAAACAUUUUGUUGCCUGAUAAAAAGGUUUUUGCUUUUUCUGAUCUGGUAUAUUCAAUUUUGUCUAAAAAUGCAUCCUCCAGCCACUUACCUGGUUCUGGAUGCUCACCGGAUAUAGCAAAAAGCAUGAUAGAUGGAGGAAUGGUGCAGUCUCUUACUGGCAUUCUUCAAGUGAUUGAUUUGGACCAUCCUGAUGCGCCUAAAAUUGUUAAUCUUCUAUUGAAGGCUUUGGAAAGCCUGUCAAGGGUUGCCAAUGCUAGCGAGCAAGUUAUUAAAUCUGAGGGUCUGAACAAGAAGAAAACUACAGGGUCAAGUGAGAGACACGAUGAACAGACAGCUGCAUCCGCUGCAGAGACCAUAGAGCAUAAUCAGGGUAUUGGUGGCACGCAGGAAGUCCCAGAUGAGGAGGAGACUGACAUUCAGCAACAGCAAGGAACUCCUCAUGUUGAGGGUAGUCAUGCUGCACAGCAAAAUCAGUCAGCAGAGCAAAACAUGAGGAUCGAAUCGGAAGAUACAAUGGCAACCAACCCAUCAAUGGAGAUAGGAAUGGAUUUCAUGCGUGAAGAAAUGGAAGAAGGUGGUGGGUUACACAACACUGACCAAAUUGAGAUGACUUUUCAUGUGGAGAACAGGGCUGAUGAUGAUAUGGGUGAUGAGGACGAUGACAUGGGAGAUGAUGGUGAGGAGGAUGAGGAUGAUGAUGAGGGCGAGGAUGAGGAUGAGGAUAUUGCUGAAGAUGGUGCUGGUAUGAUGUCUCUUGCUGACACUGAUGUGGAAGACCAUGAUGAUACUGGCUUGGGAGAUGACUAUAAUGAUGAGAUGAUUGACGAAGAAGAUGAUGAUUUUCAUGAGAAUCGUGUUAUAGAGGUAAGGUGGAGGGAGGCCCUUGAUGGGUUAGAUCAUUUGCAGGUACUGGGUCAGCCUGGAGCUUCAAGUGGUCUAAUUGAUGUUGCUGCUGAGCCAUUUGAAGGGGUGAAUGUGGAUGAUCUUUUUGGUCUUCGCAGGCCUUUGGGUUUUGACCGCCGGCGUCAGAGUGGCAGGUCUUCCUUUGAGCGGCCUGUCCCAGAAGUAAAUGGAUUUCAACAUCCUCUUCUUUCAAGGCCAUCCCAGUCAGGGGAUCUGGUUUCUAUGUGGUCAUCAGGUGGGCAUUCAUCCAGGGAUUUAGAAGCUUUGUCAUCUGGGAGCUUUGAUGUAGCUCAUUUUUACAUGUUUGAUGCUCCUGUUCUUCCAUAUGAACAUGUACCUAGUAGUAUAUUUGGUGAUCGUUCGGGUACUGCAGCACCCCCACCUUUGUCUGAUUAUUCUGUAGGUAUGGACUCGUUGCAUACACAAGGACGAAGAGGGCCUGGUGAUGGCAGGUGGACUGAUGAUGGUCAGCCGCAAGCAGGUGGCCAAGCUGCUGCAAUCGCACAAGCAAUAGAGGAACAGUUCCUGUCGCAGCUGUGCAGUGUACCUACAACCAAUGCUCCCACUGAGAGGCAGUCCCAGAAUUCAGGAGUGCAGGACAAUCAACCAUCUGAUGAUCCUCUAUCCAAUGAUGGUCAAGUAGUGGUGGAUGGUGAUAACACUAGCAGUCAGCAAACUGAAGUUCAGCAAGAAAAUGGCAAUGAAGUUAUCCACUAUCCACCCAAUCCAACUGUUGAAAGUGUUCCUUGCAACGAGCAGGUUGAUCCUCGUUCUUCAUUCAAUGGUGCAGGUGAAGGUCUACAGGUGGAUGAGCCUAUGUUAGUUCAACCAAUUUCUCUGAACAGUACACCAAAUGGUCUUGAUAGCAUGGAAAUUGGAGAUGGUGAUGGCACUGCAUGUGAUCAAGUUGAGACAAUGCCAGAGCUUGUCAACUCAUCUGCAGAACAUCAUGCUGCUUUGCAUCGUGAAGGGGCCUCCGAAGUACCUGCAAUUCUCCAUGAUGUGCCUGUUCAGGCUGUGGGAUCCUCAGCUGAUGGCCAGUCCAAUAAUUCUCUGUUUGUUGAUUCUGUUUCAGUGAUGCCUAAUGUGGAUCAUGUGAAUGCUGAUGUUGAAAUGAAUGGUGCUGAUGCUGAAGAAAAUCUGUCUGGGCAAUCCAUGCCUGCUUCUGAACAAGGAGUCGAUGAGCCAUCGUUCAGGCAAGAGACAUUGGUUGCCCGGGAUGCUACUCAAGCUGAUCAAACUAGUACUAAUAAUGAGGCUCCUGCUACAAACACAAUUGAUCCAACCUUCCUGGAGGCAUUACCUGAAGAUUUACGAGCAGAAGUUUUAGCUUCCCAGCAGGCUCAGUCUGUUCAACCUCCAACUUAUGCACCGCCCUCUGUUGAUGAUAUUGAUCCUGAAUUUUUGGCUGCCCUUCCUCCAGACAUCCAAGCGGAGGUUUUGGCACAGCAAAGGGCACAGCGGAUUGCACAGCAGGCUGAAGGACAGCCUGUUGACAUGGAUAAUGCUUCAAUAAUUGCUACUUUUCCUAAUGAGUUGCGAGAAGAGGUGCUUUUGACUUCUUCAGAAGCUGUAUUAUCAGCAUUACCUUCUCCAUUACUUGCUGAAGCCCAAAUGCUAAGGGACCGAGCAAUGAGUCACUAUCAGGCACGCAGCCUGUUUGGUAGCAGUCACAGGUUAAGUAGUCAUAGAAGUGGUUUGGGGUUUGAUAGGCAGACAGUGAUGGAUAGGGGGGUUGGAGUUACAAUUGGACGGAGGGCCACUUCUACUAUUUCAGAUAGCAUGAAGGUGAAGGAAAUUGAAGGCGAGCCACUUUUGGAUGCAAAUGCAUUGAGAGCUUUGAUCCGCCUUCUUAGGUUGGCACAGCCCCUUGGGAAAGGCCUUCUGCAGAGACUGUUGUUAAACCUUUGUGCACAUAGUACUACAAGGGCAACUUUAGUUCGUCUUUUGCUCGCUAUGAUUAAACCUGAGGCAGAAGGGUCAGUCAGUGGAUUGGCAACAAUUAACUCCCAGAGGCUUUAUGGCUGUCAGUCAAAUGUUGUUUAUGGUCGAUCGCAGUUGUUGGAUGGUCUUCCUCCCCUGGUGCUGCGUCGAAUUCUGGAAAUCUUGACCUAUUUGUCUGCAAAUCAUUCUUCUAUUGCCGAUAUGUUGUUCUAUUUGGAUCCCUCAAUUGUUCCGGAGCCUCGAAGUCCAAAAUAUCUUGAAACCAAGAUGGAUAAAGGCAAGGAGAAAAUUAAUGAUGGAGGUGAUUCAUUAAAACCUCUGGGAGACACUGAUGAUGUUCCUUUGAUCCUGUUCCUGAAGCUUUUGAAUCGACCACUUUUUCUACGCAGUACUGCUCAUCUUGAGCAGGUCAUGGGAUUGCUUCAAGUGGUAGUUUUUACGGCAGCAUCAAAAUUAGAGAGCAAGGUUCAAUCUGGACAGGCAAGGGAGCCUUCCCAAAAACGAACUGUUGGUGAAGCACCUGGUGAUGUUCAAAGUGUUCUGCCGUUGGUAGCAGAGUCAAGUCAAGAGGACAAAGCUGCCAGUGCUGGGUUAUCCAUUUCUGAUGGAAAGAGGAGCAUUGAUGCAUGCAGUGUUUUCUUGCAGUUGCCACAACCUGAUUUGCGUAAUUUGUGCAGUCUUCUUGGUCAUGAAGGGCUGUCAGAUAAAGUGUACAUGCUAGCUGGAGAAGUGCUUAAGAAGUUGGCCUCAGUUGUUUCAACCCAUCGUAAAUUCUUUACUUCGGAGCUUUCAGAAUUAGCUCAUGGGUUGAGCAGUUCAGCCGUCAAUGAGCUUGUUACCUUGAGGAACACACACAUGUUGGGUCUAAGUGCUGGCUCCAUGGCCGGGGCAGCAAUACUACGUGUGCUACUGGCACUCAGCUCACUCACCUCACCCACCUCACCCACUGUUGAUGAGAAUAUGGACCUGGAGCGCAUUGGGGAGCAGGAGGAGCAAGCUACCAUGUGGAACUUAAGUAUUGCACUUGAGCCACUGUGGCAAGAAUUGAGCGAAUGUAUUAGUGUGACAGAGAUACAGCUUGUUCAGAACACUUUUAGUCCGACUAUAACAAAUUUAAAUGUAGGGGAGCAUGUACAGGGGAGUUCUUCUUCAUCCCCUCUUCCUCCAGGAACCCAGAGACUCCUGCCUUUCAUUGAAGCUUUCUUUGUGUUGUGUGAAAGGCUACAGGCAAAUCAAUCCAUUGUGCAACAAGAUCACGCGAGCAUAACUGCAAGAGAAGUCAAAGAAUCUUCUGGUAGUUCUUCCUCGACCACAGCAUACAUUGGGGAUUCUCAGAGAAAGCUUGAUGGUGCUGUCACAUUUUCCAGAUUUGCAGAGAAGCACCGCCGGCUUUUGAAUACUUUUAUAAGGCAGAAUCCUGGCUUGUUGGAGAAAUCACUUUCUAUGAUGCUCAAGGCUCCCAGACUUAUUGAUUUUGAUAACAAGAGAGCAUAUUUCCGCUCCAGAAUAAGGCAACAGCAUGAUCAACACCUCUCUGGUCCUCUGAGGGUAAGUGUUCGGCGAGCGUAUGUUUUGGAGGAUUCAUACAAUCAAUUGAGGAUGCGACCUACUCAGGAUCUCAGGGGAAGACUGAAUGUGCAGUUCCAAGGUGAAGAGGGUAUUGAUGCUGGGGGUUUGACAAGAGAAUGGUAUCAACUGCUCUCAAGGGUUGUGUUUGACAAAGGAGCGUUGCUUUUCACAACUGUGGGGAAUAAUGUGACUUUUCAGCCAAACCCUAAUUCUGUCUAUCAGACAGAACAUCUGUCUUACUUCAAGUUUGUGGGCCGUGUGGUUGCCAAGGCACUGUUUGAUGGGCAGCUUUUGGAUGUUUACUUUACUCGGUCUUUCUACAAGCACAUUCUUGGUGUAAAGGUGACUUAUCAUGACAUAGAGGCUGUUGAUCCUGAUUAUUACAAGAAUUUGAAGUGGAUGCUGGAGAAUGAUGUGAGUGAUAUACCAGACUUGACAUUCAGCAUGGAUGCUGACGAGGAAAAGCACAUUCUGUAUGAGAAAACUCAGGUUACUGAUUACGAGCUUAUACCUGGAGGAAGAAAUAUAAGGGUUACUGAAGAAACAAAGCAUGAGUACGUAGACCUUGUUGCUGAUCAUAUCUUGACAAAUGCCAUUCGUCCUCAGAUAAAUUCAUUCCUAGAAGGUUUCAACGAAUUGGUCCCAAGGGAACUUAUUUCCAUUUUUAAUGAUAAAGAGCUUGAGCUACUAAUCAGUGGACUUCCUGAAAUUGAUUUGGAUGAUCUGAAUGCCAACACUGAAUAUACUGGCUAUACCUCAGCAUCUAGCGUUGUUCAAUGGUUUUGGGAGGUUGUCAAAGGUUUUAACAAGGAAGACAUGGCCAGACUGCUGCAGUUCGUCACUGGAACAUCAAAGGUUCCAUUAGAGGGUUUCAAGGCAUUGCAGGGUAUCUCUGGUCCUCAAAAGUUUCAGAUUCACAAAGCAUAUGGAGCUCCUGAGCGUUUGCCUUCAGCUCACACAUGCUUCAAUCAGCUAGACCUUCCUGAGUAUGCAACCAGGGAACAGCUUCAAGAACGCUUGCUGCUUGCCAUUCAUGAAGCCAGUGAAGAUAGAGGAGGAUUGACUCAAUAUCUCUAUUAUAAUCCUGAUGGGAAAUUGCCUUUCUUGAUCCCCCAUCUAGAAGCUGCACUUCUUCUUUCCUCGCAGAAUUCUUUAACUGGUGCCAAAUUAGGAGGGAUAUCUCCUGAAAGUAGAGAGGCGAAAGUUGGGAUACCCAAUUCCAUAAUGCACUAA